AUGGAUGAGGAAAACAUGACGAAAAGCGAGGAGCAGCAACCUCUGAGUUUGCAAAAAGCCUUGCAGCAGUGCGAGUUGGUCCAAAACAUGAUAGACCUGAGCAUCUCCAACCUGGAAGGGCUUAGGACCAAAUGUGCCACCUCCAACGACCUCACACAAAAAGAGAUCCGGACCCUGGAGAGCAAGCUGGUGAAGUACUUCAGCCGUCAGCUGUCCUGCAAAAAGAAGGUGGCCCUUCAGGAGCGCAACGCUGAGCUGGACGGCUUCCCCCAGCUCCGGCACUGGUUCCGGAUCGUCGAUGUGCGCAAGGAAGUCUUGGAGGAAAUCACCCCCGGCCAGCUGAGUCUGGAGGACCUCUUAGAGAUGACAGAUGAGCAGGUGUGUGAGACCGUGGAGAAAUACGGAGCCAACCGGGAGGAGUGCGCCCGUCUCAAUGCCUCCCUGUCCUGCCUCCGGAAUGUCCACAUGUCAGGAGGCAACCUUUCCAAACAAGACUGGACCAUCCAGUGGCCCACCACGGAAACAGGGAAGGAGAACAACCCUGUGUGCCCCCCGGAGCCCACCCCGUGGAUCCGCACGCACCUCCCCCAGAGCCCCAGGGUCCAGACCAAGUGUGUCCAGCGCUACUGUCAUGCCAGCCCCUCGCCCGGGGCCCCCGUGUACACUCAUGUGGACAGGCUCAGCGUGGAUGCCUACCCGGGUCUGUGCCCGCCACCACCACUGGAGUCAGGCCACCGUUCCCUACCCCCAUCGCCCCGGCAGCGGCACGCUGUCCGCACCCCACCGCGCACCCCCAAUAUCGUCACCACCGUGACCCCACCUGGUACACCACCCAUGAGGAGGAAGAACAAGCUGAAGCCCCCGGGGACCCCACCGCCCUCCUCCCGGAAGCUGAUCCACUUGAUUCCAGGUUUCACGGCCCUGCAUCGAAGCAAGUCCCAUGAAUUUCAGCUGGGUCACCGUGUGGAUGAGGCCCACACACCCAAAGCCAAGAAGAAAAGCAAGCCCUUGAACCUCAAGAUUCACAGCAGCGUGGGCAGCUGCGAGAACAUUCCCUCUCAGCAGCGCUCCCCCCUCCUGUCGGAGCGCUCCCUCCGCUCCUUCUUUGUGGGACAUGCACCUUUCCUGCCCUCCACCCCUCCUGUCCACACCGAGGCCAACUUCUCUGCAAACACACUGUCCGUGCCACGCUGGUCCCCGCAGAUCCCUCGCAGAGACCUCGGCAACUCCAUCAAGCACAGGUUUUCCACCAAGUACUGGAUGUCUCAGACGUGCACCGUCUGUGGGAAAGGAAUGCUUUUUGGCCUCAAGUGUAAAAAUUGCAAAUUAAAGUGCCACAACAAAUGCACCAAAGAAGCCCCUCCCUGUCAUCUCCUGAUCAUCCACCGAGGGGAUCCAGCAAGGUUAGUCCGAACAGAGUCCGUCCCGUGUGACAUCAACAACCCUCUACGAAAGCCACCCCGGUAUUCGGACCUGCACAUCAGCCAGACGCUCCCUAAAACCAACAAAAUCAGCAAGGACCACAUCCCUGUCCCUUACCAGCCAGACUCUAGCAGCAAUCCCUCAUCCACAACGUCCUCCACGCCUUCCUCGCCAGCACCCCCCCUCCCUCCCAGCGCCACACCGCCUUCUCCCCUGCACCCUUCCCCUCAGUGCACGAGGCAGCAGAAGAACUUCAACCUGCCAGCGUCCCACUACUACAAAUACAAGCAGCAGUUCAUCUUCCCAGAUGUGGUGCCGGUGCCAGAGACACCGACCCGGGCGCCCCAGGUCAUCCUGCAUCCAGUGACCUCGAAUCCAAUCUUGGAAGGAAAUCCAUUACUUCAAAUUGAAGUGGAGCCAACCUCAGAGAAUGAAGAGGGCCAUGAUGAGGCCGAAGAGUCAGAGGACGACUUCGAGGAGAUGAACUUGUCCUUGCUCUCAGCCCGGAGCUUCCCGCGCAAGGCCAGCCAGACCAGCAUCUUCCUGCAGGAGUGGGACAUCCCUUUUGAGCAACUGGAGGUCGGCGAGCUCAUCGGCAAGGGCCGCUUCGGGCAGGUGUACCACGGCCGCUGGCAUGGCGAGGUGGCCAUCCGGCUGAUUGACAUCGAGAGGGAUAACGAGGAGCAGCUCAAGGCCUUCAAGCGGGAGGUGAUGGCCUACAGGCAGACACGCCAUGAGAACGUGGUGCUCUUCAUGGGCGCCUGCAUGAGCCCGCCCCACCUGGCCAUCAUCACCAGCCUGUGUAAGGGACGGACGCUCUAUUCUGUGGUGAGGGACGCCAAAAUCGUCUUGGAUGUCAACAAAACGAGGCAGAUUGCUCAAGAAAUUGUGAAGGGUAUGGGCUACCUCCAUGCAAAGGGGAUCCUUCACAAGGACCUCAAGUCAAAGAAUGUCUUCUAUGACAACGGCAAAGUGGUGAUCACAGACUUCGGGCUCUUCAGCAUUUCCGGGGUGCUGCAGGCCGGCAGGCGGGAGGACAAGCUUCGCAUCCAGAAUGGCUGGCUCUGCCACCUGGCACCAGAGAUCAUCCGUCAGCUGUCUCCCGACACAGAAGAGGACAAACUCCCCUUCUCUAAGCACUCAGACGUCUUUGCACUCGGCACAAUUUGGUAUGAACUCCACGCCAGGGAGUGGCCUUUCAAGACCCAACCAGCAGAGGCAAUAAUCUGGCAAAUGGGCACAGGCAUGAAACCCAACCUCAGCCAGAUCGGCAUGGGAAAAGAAAUCUCGGACAUUCUUCUCUUUUGCUGGGCUUUUGAACAAGAAGAAAGACCUACCUUCACUAAGCUCAUGGACAUGCUGGAGAAACUGCCAAAGCGGAACCGCCGCCUGUCUCACCCCGGACAUUUCUGGAAGUCUGCAGAGUAG